UCAGUGUCUGAUGACGAAUUUCCCCACGAAUCAUUAUCACUCAAUUCUGCAAGUAGUUCUAAUUUACUAUCGCUGUUCUCUAGCUGGUCUAAAACCGCUUUUGACCUAAAGGGACGCUUUUUGGACGCCAUGGACUUUUCUCAGUUUCCAGGCAGAAAGAACAGUAAAAAUGCAGGCAGGGCACAGGACAAAGCACUUGGGACAAAAUGUAUGUGGAAUGGUUUGAUACAGUAAUGUAUUACUAUCAGAUUUUAGUGUAUUGAGUGAAUGUCACUUUUAAAAUUUUUUAAUUUCCCGCCAGUUCCGUUCCCCGUAUGUCCCGACGCUCGUAGGGAAUGGAACCCGGAAGACGGAUGCCGGCAUCGGCCGGAGGAUAUGGCUGGGGACGCUGCAGGGGGGACA